GAAAGAGGGAGAGAGGAUCAUUUUCGACUCAACUUAGCAGCCAAAAACAGCAAAAAUGGGUGAGCAGCCCAUCUUCAGUACGCGGGCCCACGUCUUCCAGAUCGACCCGAACACGAAGAAGAACUGGGUUCCCACGAGUAAACACGCUGUCACCGUCUCCUACUUCUACGACAGCACCAGGAAUGUAUAUCGAAUCAUCAGUCUGGAUGGAUCCAAGGCCAUUAUCAACAGCACCAUCACCCCCAACAUGUCGUUCACCAAGACGUCGCAGAAGUUUGGGCAGUGGGCCGACAGCCGGGCGAACACCGUCUACGGUCUCGGCUUCUCCUCCGAGAGCCAGCUGGCAAAGUUCUCAGAGAAGUUCAACGAGUUCAAGGAGGCGGCGCGGUUAGCGAAGGAGAAGUCUCAGGAGAAGAUGGAGCUCACCAGCACUCCCUCUCAGGAGUCGGCCGCAGGUGAUGUGCAGUCACCUUUGACCCCAGAGAGCAUCAACGGUACAGAUGACGAGCGAGUGACACCAGACACACCUCAGCCCCCCGAACCCCGAGCAGAGCCUUCCCAAAACGCACUGCCCUUCUCACACAGUUCAUCCAACAUCAACAAGCACUGGGAGGCGGAGCUGGCGGCGCUGAAGGGAAACAACGCUAAGCUAACGGCUGCUCUGCUCGAGUCCACAGCCAACGUCAAACAGUGGAAACAACAGCUGGCUGCCUAUCAGGACGAAGCUGAGAGGCUCCACAAACGGGUGACGGAGCUCGAGUGCGUCAGCGGUCAAACGACGGUGAUCAAAUCUCAGAAGACGGAGCUCAACCAAACGAUAGAAGAGUUAGAGUUCGCUCUGAAAGCUAAAGAGGAAGAGUUGGAGCAGCUCAAAGAGGAAGUGGAGAGUGCCAACGAGUUUCAGUCUCAGAAAGAAACGCUCGCACAGAAACUAGAGGACACGGAGUCGAGGAACCAGACGUUGGAGUCUCAGCUGAGCGACCUGGAGCAGCGUCUGGAGAGCAGCCAGCAGGAGAGAGAAGCUUUCCGCAGCAGCAUGCGCUCGCUCCUCCAGCUGCUGGACAGUAAGAUCUUUGAGCUGACCGAGCUCAGAGACACGCUGUCCAAACUCAUCGAGAGCAGCUAGAGGAGACACGAAAAACACGCUGAUGGAGCCCGUUUAUUCACUGCCACGACACAAUCAUCAUCAUCGUCAUCAUCGUCAUCAUUAUCGUCAUCAUCAUCGUCAUCAUCAUCAUCUCACCACCGUCACGCCUCACUGCAUGCCGGCACUCACUUUUAACUUGAAGUCUUCUUCUUUCUUCUCAACAUGUAUACGAUACGUGUAAAAGAGUACGUUUACACACACGUUUUAUGCAUUAACGCUACACACACACACACACACACACACACACACACACACACACACACACACACACACACACACACACACACACACACACACUCACACACACUCUCACACACACAUCGAUCGGUACUCGUUUACAACAAAACCUAAACAAAAACAGCCAAGUGAAGAAGAGGCUUCGCUUGGACCAUCAUGCCUUCCCUCCUCCGCUCCACUCUGGAUUAUUCUUGACUCUCUUCAGAGAUAAACUGAAUUUCUUUUUCUUUUUUUUGGUCUCUUUUUCU